AUGACUAGUGAAAACGAAUUGGAUGCUCUUAAAUUAAUGGAGACCAUUGCAAAUAACGAAGAACCGAAUUCGUUAACUAUUGUAGCUGAACAAACAGCCAUCGCUAAAACCGAAGACGAAAAAAUAAAUAUUGAAAAACCAAAACGUCCGGGACGAAAAAGAAAAGAAUUAACGUCAACAUCGAGUGUCAAAGAGGAAAAUUUAGAUAAUUCUAAUAUUGCCGAUACUCAACCACUUUUUGAACAGCCAAUUAUUGUCGAAGGAAAACGUUCACGAAAGCCAACAUCACGAUUAGAAUUAUCUGAUUUAGAAACACCAAAAAAAGAAUUGUCUAUCCCUCAGGGUCUUGGCAAACCAUUAGGUCAUAUCGAAUAUAUUAAUUAUCAAAUAACUCAUGCAUCGGCUGAUACUUUAUCGCGUAUGCGUAAUAUAUGUUUUGGGCGACGAGCAAGUCAUAAUGAUAUAAAACAAAAUCUUCGAGAAUUUAAUGGAUUCGAAUUUGAACAUGAUAGUGAUGAAUAUCAACGACAUUUAAACAGUUUAAUCAAGCUAAAAAAAGAUCAGCUACGAUCCGUUUCAGAUAUUCUUGGCUUAUCAGCAACUAGCCGUAAUGAUGAACAUGCUGAAGCAAUCUUAGAUUUUUUAAUGAAACCAGUUGACGAAGGAAAAACAAUACCAGAACGACCAACGUUGACGCGUAAUGCAAAAAAAGCAAGUACGAAUUCAAAACAAUCCAUUCCUACAGAUGAAGAUGAUUUUGAUGAGAAAACUGAAAAUGGUGAUGAUGAUGAUCAAGAUGAAUUGUUUUAUGAUGACGAACAAGAAGAAGACGACGACACCGGAGCAGAUGAUGAUUAUAUUGGUAGCGAUGAAGAAGUUGGUUUUAAUACUAAAGAUGAUCCAGAUGAUUUCGUUUAUCAACCUGGAAAGAAAACACCGAAGAAAAAACCACCAAUGAAACGUUCAAGAAAGGGAACUACAAAUAAACGAAAAAAAGGAGGUUCAACGCCAUCGAAACGGGCUCGUAAAAAAACUAAGAUUACAAUUGGUGACAAGAGUGAGAAUGCAGAUAUUGUAUCAGAUCCUGUUGUACCCAUGCAACUAAAUAAUGCAGGCAAUGGUACUAGCACUGCAUUUAGUUCUGCUGAAACUAAGACCGAUAAUGUCAAUACUAUAGACACGAAAUUAUCUGAACAAAAUGACAUAACAAUAAAAACUACUACUACAUAUUUCCAGCAACAAAGUAAACCAUAG